AUGUUACAACUGAAGCAAAUCUCGCGGCUUCUUACCCAAGCACUCACCCCCAUCCCUUCGCACAACAGCCAUACAUUGUCCAGCACCACAUUAGCGACGUCACCGCUUUCAUUAUCUCUACUUUCACCCAGUGGUAUUCCUCUCACCACCGUACUCAACACAAUAUUGCUCACUGAGAUUGGCUUGUCGCCAGAUAACCUCAAAAUUUACUCGUUGGUGGGUUUCAAUCACAUUCAAAACGACUCGUGGGGCUUACUAGAGGUCGAGAAAGGACUUAAAUUGGUGAUAAGGAGAUUGGAUAUCGAGAACGGGGAUCAUAAGGACGAUACUACUGCAAGUGAAGGAAACCAUUUGUACGUGAUUCUCUUUUAUAAUGAACAGUUUCCCGAUGCCAUAGCCAAGCUCAAGCUAGACAAUGUCAGCGAGAUCUUGAAUGCGGGACUAAAAGGGUACAGAGGAUAA